UUCAAGCAACAACAACAUUACAUGGAAGCCGGCAAACUUUAUAAGAAAUCGCUUAAUUACCUUCGUUUUGAAUCGUUUUAUUUAACAAUAUAAUGGAAGUAACAUUGGCCGUGAUCAAGCCUCACGUGCUGCGCAAUACAUACGCCCUGCAGCAGAUUAAAACCCUGAUUGAAGAGAACUUUCGCGUGCUCGGCCAUAAGGAGGUGCACAUUACGAAAGAACUAUCGGAUCGUUUCUAUGCGGAGCACCGGGGCAAAUUUUUCUACCAUCGCCUGACCACCUUCAUGAACAGCGGACCCUGCUAUGCGCUCAUACUGCAGUCGGAGGCCUCCGUACAGAAGUGGCGCCGCCUGAUGGGACCCACCAAGGUGUUCCGUGCCGUCUACACCGAACCGCAGUGCAUACGUGCGCUCUACGGCCUGUCCGACACACGCAACGCCUGCCACGGAUCGGAUAGCGAGGCCUCGGCCCUGCGUGAGAUUGGCAUUCUGUUUCCGGAGUUCGAUGUGCUUGCCGUGGCUGACCGCGAGUCCAAAAAGAGGACGUAAUAGGACGUAAUAGCCAAACGUUUGGCCCUGCAUUUUUGUAAAUUUAAGACAGCAUCAGUGAAUAUUUGCAAAGCCCUUGGGUGCUGCUUUUGUAGGUGCAUUUUAAGUCGGCAGUGCUCGGUGGUCCCACUGUAUUUGGUACAACGGCUGCCGUAGGUUGGAGCUCCUACAUGUCUGUGACUGCCUCUACUGAGUAGAGAGUCGGACAGGAAGCUAAUGCGUCAAAGGACUGCUGAUAUUCUAAUCUCACUCAACGAGUAUACGUUCAAGUGGAAGACAAUACUAUGCGGUCUACAUUAGAUAUUAUUCCUGGAUAGCAUUGUAUUUUGUGUGUUUCAAAAACUUUAUUUAUCAUCAAUUUCUGGUUUACAUAAUACAAUUCAUUACUCAUUUAUGUUUUACGUGGUAGGUACAUGUAUAGAUAGAGAUUUUCGAUUUGUUUCUGGUUACCGUUUUAGCUCCAUUGUAAAUAGUUUUGUAAUUGUAAUAAAAAUUAUAAAAUUUAUAAACUUAACAAAUUAU